ACCGGAUUUUAGUUCUUCUUCGUCCUCCAGCUUUUUCAUCCUCUUGCGCGUGCGUUUCUUCCCCGCAGGUUUGCUUCGUACCGAAUUCUCUGCUGCUCUAGCUAAUCAAUCUGCUCCUUCCCCUGAACGUCAAUCUGUAGUCAUGGCCAACGCCGGUGUCAACAACGUGCCCGCCGCCGUGGAGUUGGGAGCCGAUGACCCCGCCUUGGCCUCCGUGGAAGGCGAGGUGGAGUCCCCACCGCCGUCGUCCGGGUACAACGCAUCCUCAGAGGGUUCGGAGGAGUACCUGACCAGCGGCCAGGAAGGGGAGGGAUCCGGUGCGGUGCCGGCGCCCCUGCUGCCAGCUGAAGCAGCGGCGGCGGCGGCGGCAGUGUGGUCCCUCGCGUUCGGGUCCGCGUCGGAGCGGGGACAGGAUCACGGGAAGAGGAUGGAGGACGCCGUGUCGCUGCGCCCGUUCUUCUGCGCCUGGGCCGACGGCUCCCCCAUGCACUUCUUUGCCGUCUUCGACGGCCACGGCGGCCCCCAGGUAUCGGCCCUGUGCAGGGACCAGAUGCACGUCAUACUGGCCGAGGAGCUGGCCGGCGCGGCGACGGCCUACCGGAAGGAGCACCCGGAGAAGAAGGACGAAGAGGCGGAGCGUCGUGCGUGGGAGGCGGCGCUGAAGCGGAGCUUCGAGCGGGCGGACGCACUGGGGAUGGGGCUGUCGGAAUCGGGAUGGCCCAUCGUAGGGUCCACUGCCGUGGUGGCGCUCGUGGUCCGGGAUAGCAUCGUCGUCGCCAACUGCGGCGACUCCCGCGCCGUGCUCUGCCGCGCCGGUAACGCCGCCCCCCUCUCCGAGGACCACAAGGUGAGAUUAGCUGCGUCAUGCAUGAAUGGUAUGGUCUCAUCUGGCCGGACAAAUUUGAGCUUGAUGAUGGGUGCGUGGAUGCAGCUGGAGCGGGCCGACGAGAGGGCGCGGGCGGACGCGGCGGGCGGCAAAGUGCGGCGCACCGAGGACGGGCAGCUGCGCGUACAGGGGGUGCUUGCCAUGUCUCGCGCAUUAGGUACGCCCUAG